GUGCGGUGGUAAAAAUGUCUGGCAGAGGAAAAAGCGGUAAGGGGAAGGGUGGAAGGACUGGGAAGUCGCAAUCUCGUUCCUCACGUGCGGGUCUUCAGUUCCCCGUUGGCAGGAUACACCGCCUGCUCAAGAGGGGGAGGUUUGCAGUUCGAAUCGGUGGUGCUGCGCCCGUCUACAUGGCCGCCGUUCUGGAGUACUUAGCCGCCGAAGUACUGGAGUUGGCUGGAAACGCAGCGCGCGAUAAUAAGAAAACUCGGAUUCUUCCUAGACACAUCCUGCUAGCUGUUCGAAACGACGAUGAGUUGAACAACGUGUGCAAGAGUUCUACUAUCCCCCAGGGCGGUGUAAUUCCUAGGAUUGAGAGCCGUCUUCUUCCAAAUGUUAUGAAGAAAAAGAAAUCUUCUCAAAGUCAAGAGUUUUAAUUUUCUAUUUCUAGCUUAUAUCACGUUAUGUAUGUAAAGCCUUAUGUCUUUGGCUACCAUUAAUUAAUAAACUUUUACCUACUUUG